AUGGUCUCAGACAAAACAGAUAAACUUUCGUGUACUUCUGAGGCUAUUUGGCUAACUAUAAAAGCACCGUGUUCACCGAGCCUUGACAUCCUGACGGUCUACCGACCGCCGAGAAAUGAUCCCACAUCGGACGCCCCUCUGAUUGAGGACCUGGAGAGAUUCUCUAUCCGGUCCAAAGUCUUAAUCAUGGGGGACUUCAACGCACCUCUUAUCGACUGGAGUUCAGCUUAUGCAUCUGGUCCAGACCAUGCUUUCGACCGACGUUUGCUGGACAUGACCUUCAAGUUAUUUCUCACUCAGCACGUCUCUUUUCCGACGAGGGUGCGCGAAGGGCAACAGUCAAACUGUCUGGAUCUGCUCCUUACGAAGUCACUGGACAGCGUUGAUGAGGUGCAAUGUCUACCCCCCCUAGGUCGAAGCGAUCACGUCGUACUGUUGUGGGAGUACUCCAUUUUUUCUCUGCCCGAACAGGCCACCAGGGUUAGAAGGAACAUUUGGCGCGGUGACUUUGCCCAAAUGAAAGCUGAACUAAACACCAUAAACUGGGAAUCAGCUUUUUCCGGUGACAUAAUCAAGGAUUGGGACUGGUUUAGUGAGUUACUGCACGUUCUUCUCAGAGACCACUGCCCUAUUUCACGGAAGAAACUAAACUGCAGACCCCCGUGGCUAACACAAGCUUUAAAAAAAGGAGUGAAUAAAAAGGGGAGGUUAUGGAGGAAAUUCCUCUCGGAUAGGAGCUAUGUGUCGUUAGAUGCAUACAAAGCACAGAGGAACCUAGUUAGUAGGUUAAUCCUCGGGACGCGGCGUACUUCUGAGAAAGACCUACUAAAUCGAGCCACAGAAAAUCCGAAGUUGUUCUAUGGUUACAUAAGAAGAAGCACACGAAACAGAGACCCAAUCCCGUUUUUGAAAACUAGUGACGACCUGGAACUCAGUGAAGACGGAGAAAAGGCAGAGCACCUUUCACAGUUCUUUAAGUCCAUCUUUACGAAGGAAAGCGCAUUUCUCCCUCCCGACUGCGACAUAGUGGACGGGCCAACGAUUGAGCACGCCUCUUUCGCCGAAGCUAUUGUUCGCAAAGAACUGUUGAAGUUGAAUGAGUCUAAAUCACCUGGGCCGGAUGACAUACCGCCCAAAUUGUUGAAGGAACUUGCUGGAGAACUAUCCAAGCCGCUGUCCAUGCUCUUCCAAGCUUCGUUCGAAGCAGGCUAUUUGCCCUCCGAUUGGAAAUCAGCGCGGAUCACGCCAAUUUAUAAGGGCGGCAGCAAGGUCUUAGCAAACAACUACAGACCAAUCAGCCUUACUUCAAUUUGCUGCAAAAUUAUGGAGAAAAUAGUAAAGCGAGAAAUAAUGCACUUCCUAGAAGAGCAUAAUCUGCUAUGCGAUGCCCAGCACGGAUUUCGUAGAGGCAGAUCAUGCGUGACGAAUCUACUAUAUUGUUUAGAUCGCUGGACCCGGGCAGUCGAUGGCAGCAAUGCAGUGCACGCAGUCUACGUCAAAAUUUCUUGAUCGGUCGCUCUCAAAUCGUCCACGUCGGUGACAGGCAGUCGGCGGAGGUAGCGGUUGAAAGCGGUGUUCCACAAGGCUCCGUUCUUGGCCCUACCCUAUUCAUUAUAUACGUCAACGACUGCGUCAGUGAACUGAAUUGUGAUGUCGCCAUGUUCGCUGAUGAUGUUAAACUUUGGAGCGUCAUCUGAACUGAAUUUAACGAAGAGCGCUUGCAGGCAGACCUGACCCGACUCGAGAAAUGGUCACAGGACUGGCUGUUGCCGUUUAAUGUGACUAAGUGUAAUGUCCUGCGAGUCGGCAGGACCCGAUCUCUGAGCCGGAGGGUUUACCACCUAAACGGCGUACCAUUGCAGGAGGUAGACGCCCAGAAAGACUUGGGGGUGUGGGUAACGGCUUCUCUAAAACCGUCGCUUCACUGCUCUAAGGUAGCCAAGUCUGCGAUGUCAGUCCUUUAUCUUGUUAAGAGAGCUUUCUCUACCUUCGAUGAGGACUGCUUCAUUAAAGUCUUUCGGACUUUCUUACGGCCACAGCUAGAGUUCGCUAUUCAGGCGUGGAAACCGUGGACCUCUAAAGAUCUCAGCAUACUUGAGAAAGUUCAGAGGCGGGCAACCAAACUCGAAAGUGGACAGGGUUCACUACCCUAUGAAACCCGAUUGUCCAAUCUCGGCCUCUUUCCACUGAGUUACAGACAGCUAAGAGGCGACCUUAUAAAAGCAUUCCGUAUACUGCGCGGCCAGGACUGCUGUCUCGCACCUACUGAUUUCUUUGAGUUAGCGACCACAACGAACCUACGAGGUCAUCCACUUAAACUACGCGUAACUGAAGCCAAGCUGGACACUCGGAAGUUCUUCUUUUCAAACAGAGUGAUCGAGGCCUGGAAUGCUCUGCCUGCAGGUGUCGUCAUGUCCACCUCCGUCGAGGCUUUUAAGCGCAACUUGGACCAGAUUGCCACCAAUCGUCAUAAUGCCACCUGACAGAUUGUCUAGCAUUUCGUUCGAACAGUUUAUUAAUGUUGUUAUAUUACUUCCUGUAUUUCAGUAACGUUUGUUUUUUAAUAUUGUCCCAUGUCUGUUGAAUGUGUGUUGGCAUUCAAUUCGUCUCCCUCCGAAACUGAGAUAGCACCAACAAUCCCUAGACAGACUACGGUACAGCACAUUUAGUAACGUUUAUGUUUUUAACUCUUGGAACAAUUCGUUUAUCUGUCUGGCUUACAAAACGUUGCCAAUCUGCGAAACUCUGUAGCCGUUUGAUGUUUCUAUUUUCAAAUUUUUUUAUUGUUCGCCUCCUUGUAACAAAUAGGGAGUUCAAAGGUUUAACACCUAUAUUUCCCCUCAAAUAAACUGAAGGGGUGUAUAAUGAUAUAAUUAAGAGUUACCACUUAAACUACCACUAAAUCCCAGGAGGACCAUUCUGGAAGCCAAGAAUCUGAGUGUUCGUGAAUGAGACCGUUACCAGUGCCUUUAUGCUUUCCGGUGUGAGAUGUUGGCGUAAUUUCGACUUGAAUACCAGUAACUUAGGCGAUAAUCUAAUUUCAGGCGGAAGAUUAUUCCAAAAGAAAGCAUAUUUCGAAGCAAAGAAGAGGGAGCGCUUAGAUGUAGUACAAAGAGGCGGCGGAAUCACCAUGCAGGAGUUGCGCGUGGCAUAAGACUGAUCUCUCGGAGUGAGAGUGUCAAUGAGCGGAAGACUGGAGCUAGAGUUGAUGCGACAGAGGAAGCAAAGGCCAGCUUCGAGUCUUCUAACCCACAAAAACUAAAUGUUCGCCAGCUGACAUCUCUGACUAUAAGAAAUACUGGACGAAGCUUGAGAGAACAGUUUCCGGGUAAAAACCCUCUGAACAUUUUCGAUUUUAUUACGGUCGCAGGCGUUCAUUAAACCGAAGAAAGGACAGCAGUAUUCGAGGGCUGGAAGAACAAACAUUUGAUAAAGUCUUAGCUUCAUUUCCGGAAGGAAAAAAUUAUGCGAUAUGAAUUCACAUAUCUGCGCGGCUUUGGCAGAGAUUCUGUCUGCAUGAGGUAAUAAAGCAAGCUUAUUUGUAUAACUUAGACCUAGGUCCAUUAUGGUGAGGCAUUCUGAGAGUGGGUUAUUCUGAAAAAUUAUGGGACCAGGAAGUUUGGCAGGACCAAAAGGCAUGAAACUACACUUGGAUGAUGAAAACUCCAUCAGCCAUGUCGAACCCCAUCUGCUUAAGCGUAGUAAAUCGGCAUUUAUUUUUUCAAAACAAACAUUUGCGGUGUCCCUCGAAUAUAAGGAAACACACUUGAGGUCAUCGGCAUAAGUAAAAGUUUGCGAAUUUCCGAGUUCAGUCGAAAUAUCAUUGAUGUACAGAAGGAAGAGUAGCGGACCCAGGACCGUGCCUUGAAGUACGCCACUCGUGAUCGAGUGAGGUGUCGAGUAGCUAUUACCGACCAUGACUUUCUGAUAUCGGUUGGACACGCCCCGAUAGUUAUUAACAUCGGACCGAGAUCCUGACUUGAAAACGGGAAUGAUAAUUGAAGUUUUCCAUGUUUCAGGAAAGAAUCCUUUUGAAAUAUAAACCUAGAAUAAAUGACUAAGCAAUAUGGGAAGGUCGGACGCUUGUUUAAUAAUCGAAUUCGGAAUCCCGUCCGUUCCUGAGCAGUGUGAGUAUUUAAAACGGCUUAUGUGUUUCUUAAUGAGAUCUGAGGAGACAUCAAUUGUACUCAGUGUCCUAUCUGGAAGUGGUCGAAAGAAAGGGACCGGAUCGGACUCGGUAACCAUGUGUUUUGCAAAGAAAGCACUAAAUAUGUUUUUAUGCAAUACCGUUAGUGCUCCAUGAGAUGUUCGGUCUUCAGGGGAUUGUCUCUCUCGUUGAAGCGAUCAGCCACGAUUUGUCUCACAACGUCAAUCGCUUGUUGUUGUUGUGAAAUGGAGGUGAAGAGUGAAACGACAUCAAAUAUACAAUAGAUUCCUCUGACUCAAGUUUCAGAUAUUUUAAAAGUUAAGGGAACUGAUAAGCAGAAGCCACUGUUGUUGUCGAUCAUUCUGCCAGGAACCUAAGACGAGCAAACAUCCAUUUUGCCAAACCGUAUGUAGGAGUACCACAUAGGGAGACGAUGGGCCUAAGAGGUAUGUUCGCUUUGUGUACCUUCGCAGACCAUUAAGCCGCGCGGUGGCAGAGUCAAGGGGUUUCAUAAGAAAACAGAGCCAGAUGGAUCCAUGGUAUCUUUUGAUGUCGUUUCACUCUUCAUCCUCCAUUCCAAGGAUAUGCUCGCAUUUAAAGUUGCUGUUAUGAAAGUCGACGAGCCCGAUCAACUUUCCGUCUCUCAGGGGUGGGUGGGGAUGGGCGAUAAUGAGACGGAAGUUCCGGAUGAAAAGAAAAGUAGUGAUGCCCCCUUCGCUGAAUCUCCAAAGUUGUCAAACCAGAGUCGGAGGACAGGCCGGAAGCUACUCUGAAUUCCGAAAACACCAAAGAUGUGACGCCCUCAGAUUUCGAGGUGAAGAAAGAGCAGCCGGAGAGUCAGUUAAAUGUCGAAUCGAUGGAGGCGUUUGUAACCACUGAGGAUGACGACGACAUUCCUAAUCCUACUACCGCUGCGACACCUGAGGGCAGUCCUGCUAAUGCUGCUGACAGAGUAUCCAACGUUAAGUCAACUCUAGCUCCCGCGGCCGAGAUUCUGGGUUUGCCUGCAGAUGACAGGCCUUCAACCUUUUCAAGACAAGAUUCGUUAAAUGUGGGCCCAGGUUGUCAGGAGAAUCAGGUCUAG